GGGGCUGUGCGCGCCAUGUCGGGCGGCGGGGUGAAGAAGCGCGGCUCGGGCGGCUCGGCGGGCCCGGAGGCGGAGGAGGCGGCCACGAUGCUGGCGGGCGCGGCGGAGCCGGGGCCGGGGCCGGAGCCGGGCGCGGCGGGGCCGGUGGAGCUGAAGCGCACCAUCACGCUGGCCAACGGCGUGGCGCUGAUCGUGGGCACCAUCAUCGGCUCGGGCAUCUUCGUGACGCCGACGGGGGUGCUGCGCGAGGCGGGCUCGCCGGGGCUGGCGCUGGCCGUGUGGGCGGCCUGCGGGCUCUUCUCCAUCGCGGGCGCGCUGUGCUACGCCGAGCUGGGCACCACCAUCUCCAAGUCGGGCGGCGACUACGCCUACGUGCUGGAGGUCUACGGCGCGCUGCCCGCCUUCCUCAAGCUCUGGGUCGAGCUGCUCAUCAUCCGGCCCUCCUCGCAGUACAUCGUCGCCUUCGUCUUCGCCACCUACCUGCUCAAGCCGCUCUUCGCCACCUGCCCCGUGCCCGAGGCCGCUGCCAAGCUGCUCGCCUGCCUCUGCGUCCUGUUGCUCACCGCAGUGAACUGCUACAGUGUGAAAGCCGCCACGCGGGUCCAGGAUGCCUUCGCGGCCGCCAAGCUCCUGGCCCUCACCUUGAUCAUCAUCCUUGGGUUUGUUCAGCUUGGAAAGGGUGAAGUGGCUAACCUGAACCCUGAACAUGCCUUUGAGGGCACAAACCUUGAAGUUGGGAAAAUCGUCCUGGCCCUAUAUAGUGGCCUCUUCGCUUAUGGAGGCUGGAACUACUUGAAUUUUGUUACUGAAGAGAUGAUCAACCCGUACAGAAAUCUGCCACUGGCCAUCAUAAUUUCUCUGCCUAUCGUUACCUUGGUUUACGUCCUGACCAACCUGGCUUAUUUCACUACCCUGUCGACGGAUGAAAUGCUGGUGUCAGAAGCAGUAGCCGUGGAUUUUGGGAACUAUCACCUGGGCGUCAUGGCUUGGAUCAUCCCGGUCUUUGUUGGUUUGUCCUGCUUUGGGUCUGUCAAUGGGUCCCUCUUCACUUCGUCUCGGCUUUUCUUUGUCGGGGCUCGCGAAGGCCACCUGCCAUCACUCCUGUCCAUGAUUCAUCCUCGGCUCUUCACUCCACUGCCCUCGCUCAUCUUCACGUGCGUCAUGACCCUGAUGUAUGCCUUCUCUGAUGACAUUUUCUCCGUGAUCAACUUCUUCAGCUUCUUCAACUGGCUCUGUGUGGCUCUGGCCAUCAUCGGCAUGCUGUGGCUGCGCUACAAGAAGCCGGAGCUGGAGAGACCCAUCAAGGUGAACCUCGCCUUGCCCAUUUUCUUCAUCCUGGCCUGCAUCUUCCUCAUUGUGGUCUCUUUCUGGAUGACCCCGAAGGAGUGCGGCAUCGGUUUCACCAUCAUCCUCAGCGGGAUCCCAGUUUAUUACUUUGGGGUCUGGUGGCAAAAUAAACCAAAGUGGCUGCUCCAGCUGAUAUACUCUGCAACAGUCCUGUGCCAGAAGCUGAUGGAAGUUGUCCCUCAAGAGUCUUAAGAACCGGAAACGCGUCAACGUGUAUGGUUCCGGCCAACGCACAAUUUUUAUUUUUUAAAACGCGAGUACUUCCGAUUCCUCGUUAAAAAUCCAAGUUGGGGGCCGCCGAGGUAACCGCCCCCUCCAGAACUCCACAGCCCGCAUGCCCUGCCCCUCCCGUCCCUCGCUUCUUCUCCCCACCAUGCCAGGCAGCUGACCAGCACAGAGAAGAAGAGCUCUGGGCACCAACGUCGAAUCUUGCGGGAAGAGAAGUUUCGGCCAGGAACUUCCAACAAGUUUCAAACCUGUCUUUGAACAGGGAACCCAACAGGCAUUCUGUUACAUUUCCGUGAGUGGCUGCACUCGUAUAGGUCAGUUCUUUAUUGGGUUACUUUUUUAAAAAAAAUUUAGCAGUUUAAUUUCUCCAUCCAAGGAAGGUGAGGGUGCAGAGCUGCCAGCACGCCGCAGAUGCCACCAGACCUGCCGAAAGUGCCGCUGAUUCACCCAGCGAUGCAAAGUUUCCUGAGAGUUACACUCUUUAACGCUAACGGAGAGGGACCGGCAACAUAAAACGUGACCUUUCGUUGUGGACCAGCUCCAAUAUCAACCAGUUCCAUGCUUGAUGGACAGCUACUCCAAUAUGAACUUUUAUUUUUAUUAUUAUUACUAUUAUUAUUAUUUUUAGAGAUCUCCUUUUUUAAUUUUUUAACUUUUCUUUGAGACUCCCGUGCAGUUCUGCUUUGUAUCGACUUGCAAUAAACUUUUUGUAUGUUG